AUGGACAACUUAGAAUUAUUGUACAAGAUUGCCUCAGAGGAAAGAACUAGUGUCAGACAGCAUCUCUCUAAAGAAAGUGGCUACACAGGACUCUCUAUCUUACAUAGGCUGUAUUACCUAUAUGGCUUUUUCUACGAUAGACAUCUUGUCUAUGAUGAAAUGCAUACAGUUCACCUCAACCUUGUGAAGAAUGCACUUAAGAACUUGAAAGAGAAUGAGGAAAAUGAAGUGGACUGGGCUACAGCUGAUAAGCAGUUGAACGAUUUCCCUUGGACUCCGCAAUUCAAAUGUUCACGCAUCCCAAAAGGUAUUGAGAAGCGUCUUGGGUACUGGAAAGCUGAUGAUUUCAAUAAGUUUGCUUUCCCAGCCUCUGAAAUGUUAUUAAGUGGUCUUCUUUCCUUGGAUCAACAAAAGGAAUGGCUAUGCAUUGCUCGCAUGGUAGAGUUUCUUCAAAACCAUGCCAGGCAUGGAUGGACAGAAAGUGAUGCAGAUGCUUUUCAGGAAAUGGCAUUCAGAUAUGCAAUUUUGCUUGAAGACCGAAAUGGCCCAACAGCAUGUACAAUGAUUAUUCACAAUCUUCUUCAUUUUAAUGAGGACACAUGUAAUUUUAGUGGCCAAGACAAUUACUCUUGCUAG